AUGGCAAUGUCCGAUUGCCAUUCAUGCAGUAAACGCGGUCGCAGCGCUGGCGAGCGCCAGUGGCGAGUGGCGCGGCGCUGCGGAGGCGGAGGAGUCACGCUCGGUCGCCGCCGAGAUCGCUAUCGGCGGCGGCGCCCUGCCGCCCUGCGACCGCCGUGUCCUCGCCUAGCGCUCGCGGACGAUCCGACCGCUCCGAAAUGGCGCAACGAUGCGGAGGCCGUGACGCCGCACGACCGAGAGAAUGGCGACUUUGCGAUAUAA